AUGGGUGGUGGGGUGAAGAAGUGGGUGGUGGUGGUGGUAGCGGCGGUGGCGGUGAUGGUAAAUUUGUGGAGUGGGGUUGGAGCACAACCACAAGUUCCUUGUUACUUUAUAUUUGGUGAUUCAUUGGUGGAUAAUGGGAAUAAUAAUGGAAUUGCAUCGUUGGCUAGAGCCAAUUACUUGCCUUAUGGGAUUGACUUCCCUGCUGGACCAACCGGAAGGUUUAGUAAUGGUAAAACCACUGUUGAUGUCAUUGCUGAGCUUUUGGGUUUCGAUGAUUACAUUCCUCCCUAUGCAAAUGCCAGAGGCCGACAAAUACUCGGAGGAGUAAACUAUGCAUCUGCAGCAGCUGGAAUUAGAGAUGAAACUGGACAGCAAUUGGGUGCAAGGAUAAGUUUCAGUGGGCAGAUAAAUAACUACAAAAACACAGUAGCACAAAUGGUGGACAUACUAGGAGAUGAAGACAGUGCUGCAAAUUACCUGAGCCAGUGUGUAUACACACUUGGAAUGGGCAGCAAUGACUACCUAAACAACUAUUUCAUGCCUCAGACUUACUCGACUAGUCGUCAAUAUACACCUGAACAAUAUGCUGAUGUUCUUAUUCAACAAUAUUCCCAGGGAAUACAGGUUUUGUACAAAUAUGGAGCAAGGAAAGUUGCCUUGAUCGGAGUGGGCCAGAUUGGUUGUAGCCCAAAUUCAUUGGCCCAAAACAGCCCAGAUGGUUCAACAUGUGUAGAAAGUUAUAACUUUGCAAAUCGGAUAUUCAAUAACAGGCUCAAGUCUCUAGUUGAUGACCUCAACAACAAUCUACCACAAGCAAAAUUUACCUACAUCGAUGCUUAUGGGAUUUUUCAAGAUAUAAUAAGCAAUCCAUCAAACUUUGGUUUUAGGGUUACGAAUGCUGGAUGUUGCGGCGUAGGGCGGAACAAUGGCCAAAUAACCUGUCUUCCUUAUCAACCUGCAUGCCAAAACAGGGAUGAAUACCUCUUUUGGGACGCAUUUCACCCAUCCGAAGCUGCAAAUGUCAUUGUGGGGAGACGAUCAUACAAUGCUGAAUCCUCAUCCGACGCAUACCCUAUCGAUAUUCGACGCUUGGCUCAACGCUGA